GUCCGCAUUGACAAGUUUGUUGGUGGAUUGUUGUAGGUUCUUAUAAUUAGUCGCUAACAGUUUUACUACUUUUCAUCGCCGUCAAACAUCAUAGAAGUGUAAAUUAACUACUUUUUGUGUUUUUUCAUGUAAAAAAAAAUUAAUUAAAAUAAAUGAAACUCUGUUUAAAAUUGUUUAUUAAAUUUAGUAAUAAAUGAGUAUUUAUUUAUUCCACUGUUUAAACAUUUAAUAAUUAAAAGAACCAAUUAUGCAGUGAAUGGAGUUUAACUAAUUAAAGGAUUAAAAAAAAAUAAAACAAACAAUAAUUGAAGCGAAAAUCAGUUGGAUAUGAAAUAAAUAAUUCAGUUUAAGUAAUUAUUUAUAAAUAUUGCAGAUGGAAAAUAAAAGAAUUAGUGAAAAGUCCGGAUUUAUAUGUUUGUUGUCAGAUAAUCUGAAAAUAAAAAAAAACACCACAAUUAAUUCAUUUACUUUAUCUUUAUAUAAUAUAUGCAUACAGUGAACAGUGUUGGUUGGAAUGUAGUGAUUAGUUUGAAAAGUUUGUAGAGAUAUAAUCGAAUGGGUAACUUGUGUAUGACAAAUGUGUCAAUAAAUCAUUGAUGAAUUGAUUAAUUGAGUUUUCUUUGUAAAAUGUUAAUGUCCAAUGCAAAUCAGUAUCUCCGUCCGGAAUACCUCACGCCACUACCAACCACGUUGGAUGCUAAAAAGAGUCCAUUGGCUCUACUAGCUCAAACAUGCAGUCAAAUCGGAGCAGAUACAUCAUCAAAACCUUUGCUGACAUCAUUGGACAAAUCAAAUUUAAACAAACCAUCAAAAACUGGAGAAAAAUUUGAGUCGAAAGACAAAUCGUCCCCUCAUGCUAAUAUUAAUGCAUCAGAGACUGUGAAAUCCAGCUUUAAACCAUAUGAGUCAUGUGUCACCAGAGACAAAACAUCCAGUCCUGAAGAACCUGUACGAGCACCUUCAAGUCAAUCAACGUCAGGUCGAUCAAGAACACCAGGAAAUAGCAGUAAACGAUGUUCGAGUAAUCAGAGUGCUUCAUCAGCAAGGGCGACUACUCCUCAGGGUCGUAAAACUGCUACGCCAAAUGGAAAUGAACAAACUCGUGAAUCACCGGCAUCAAGAACCAGCAGUUCAGACAUUUCAUCAUCGCAAAUCUACCAAGUUCCACGAAGUGAUAGUUCUCCUUAUCUAAAACCAACAUUCAGCCCCUCGCUGACAAUUACUGAUCCGUCGAUCAAGGAUUUCCCUCUAGGGACGUUUAAACCUGGUUCAAGUGUCAGUUCAAGUAUACCAACAGCAGCUGCAGUUUCUUCAGCUUAUCUCAGUUACCCACCCCAACUGCCUAUUGAUGUAAUGGCAAGCUCAUUAGUCUCUCAGCAUCACGCUACAUUGAAAAAUGGGUUGGGAAAUUCAUUUCUAAGCUAUGCACGUGUAAAAAACUCAUCUGGAACAGAAAGCCUCGUUCCUGUUUGUAGAGAUCCCUACUGCACCGGCUGUCAGCUUAACUCUCAUCUACUUGCGGCAAGUUCAACCGCUACGACAACGACAGCGUCUACAAACAGCAAAUUAGUGAACACAACAACUAGUGUCGGUAUUGGUAAUGUUAACAACCCCAACCCAUCCUGUCUUGCUGGUUGUGUUCAAUGUGAUCACAAACCCGUUACAAAUCUGUACGGAUCAGUGGGUUCUGCUGCUCAUGUCAAUGCAAUGGCUGCCUAUGCACAUGCACAAUUAGCCGCUUUAGCAGCAGCAUCACAACUACCCUACAUUUGCAACUGGAUUGCUGGAGAUACUUCAUACUGUGGCAAGAGAUUUUCCACUUCCGAAGAAUUGCUUCAACAUUUGAGAAGUCACACCAGUGUAUCAAGUGAUCCAUCUAUCAAUACUGCUGCUGCUCUAUCCUUUUUCAACCCAACAGCUGCUGGACUACCUCCAAAUCACCCUUUAUUUUCUAGGACGUAUCCCACUCCACCUUUAAGUCCACUAGCGACAGCCCGUUAUCACCCUUAUGGAAAAGCUUCCCCUUUAUUACCACCCUCGUUAUCCUCUCUUGGACUAACAAUACCUCCAACUCCUCCACAUCCUGUGGCUGUUGCUGCAUCAUUACCUCCAUACUUAUCACCCUACUCCCUCUACAGUACUGGUCCACGACUUGGCGCUACUUCCAGCCUUCAUCACUGAGUGCUACUUGACUUUUAACAUCCAAUUGCACUGGGUUCAAAUGUCUAACUGUGAUUUUACCGGGUUCGUGCUUGUAAUAAUAGCGAUCCUGUCUGUUGUAUUUUUUUUCUAGUAAAAACUUGUCUGUGAAAUAUGAGAUAAA